AAAAGAUUAUAUGAGAGCUUUAGAGCUCUUGGGGUCCGACCUCCUUUGCAGCAAAAUGGCUAAACGCACCAAGAAAGUCGGAAUCAUUGGUAAAUACGGCACCCGUUACAGCGCCUGCCUCAGGAAAAUGAUGAAGAAAAUUGAGAUCAGCCAGCAUACUAAAUACACUUGCUUCUUCUGUGGCUAAACAGUGAAGGGGCGAGCAGUGGGGGUCUGGCUCUGUUGCUCCUGCAUGAAAACGGUCGCUGGUGGUACCUGGACCUACAACACCACUUCCACUGUCACAGUCAAGUCUGCCAUCAGAAGACUGAAGGAAUUGAAAGACCAAUAGAAGCUCCACAAUUUGAAACAUUGCUAGCCUGUAAUAAAUAGGUUAAUUUUAUGUAACCAA